AUGGGCACGGUGCUCUCGUUGUCCCCGGAGCCCAAGGGCAAGGGAGGAUCGGCCGAUGCUGUGCAACAGGGCGGCAAAAAUCCCAAGGAGAAGAGUCUAAAGAAGCAUUCGGUCCUCAUCUCCGCCCUGACCUGGAAGCGCCUGGUGGCAGCGUCCGCCAAGAAGAAGAACGCCAAGAAGGUGAAUCCAACGCCGGCGGGGCAGGUGAACGCCGCAGGUAACAAUGACCCGGUGAAACAGCUCAAUAGCGAGAACCUGAAGAAAUCCUUUCCAGGCUUGACUCAAGCUCCAGCCGGUCCCGAACCCUACCCGGGGCAACAGAAGCCACCGAGUGUCCCCAUCCCGGUGCCGGUACCCGUGGCCCCAAACAGCGCCAAGCCCCCCGCCAAGAACCUGCUGCCAACGCAGAAGCAAGCCAGCAGUGGCAGCCUCGGCUCGCCCCGCAGGGUCGUGGUGCAGGCGUCCACCGGGGAACUCCUCCGGUGUUUGGGAGACUUCCUUUGCCGCAGGUGCUACCGUCUCAAGCAGCUGAACUCCAACGAGCCGGUGCUGUGGUUCAGGAACGUGGACCGCUCCUUGCUUAUCCAAGGCUGGCAAGACCAAGGCUUCAUCACCCCGGCCAACGUGGUGUUUGUCUACCUGCUGUGCCGGGAGGUGGUGGAUGAGGAGCUCGCCACCGACUUCGAACUGCAAGCGACCUUCCUCACCUGUCUCUACCUCGCCUAUUCCUACAUGGGCAACGAGAUCUCCUAUCCCCUCAAGCCUUUCCUGGUGGAAGCCAACAAGGAGGUCUUCUGGGAGAGAAGUCUCGCUAUCAUCGACCGAAUGAGUGCCAAGAUGCUGCGGAUUAAUUCCGACCCGCAUUACUUCACCGAGGUUUUCCAAGACCUCAAGAACGAAUCUAACAUCAGAGACUCCAGUGGGCAGUAUAUAAUUAACCUGGACCGUUAG